AUGGAGCAAGUUACCAAAUUUAUCCAAUCUCUCGACGUGCCUCAGCGCUUCAAGCAUGAUAAAGCAGUGCCUAUUGUCAGCAUUGCCGCUGCCACUACACUCUUGUACGCAUCCUAUCGACUGAUCUCAACUAGCAACCGCAAUAGGAAGAAGAGAGAAUUAGGGCUCAGGGACAUUCCUGUUCCAGGAUCUUGCUACCCAUAUGUAGGCCACAUGUUUUCUUUGGGUGAUUUGCCUGAUAGAACUAUAUCUGAUUGGCAUCGAGAAUUGGGCCCUAUUAUCAACGUCAAGAUGGGAUGUCAAGAUUGGAUAUCGCUCAGCGAUCCUAUCUUGGCUCACAAAAUUUUUGUGACCCAUGGUGUCAAUACCUCCUUGCGCGCAUAUAACACAUACUCAUAUGAAUAUUACAGUUUCAAGGGAAAAGGUAUCGCAUUUUCACAGCCCACCACUAGCUGGAAGAAGGCCAGAUCAGCUGCUCUCUCAGUGCUUGCACCCAAGGUGAUUGAAAAGAACUAUAUGGAUUCUAUUCGCAAAGAAUCAUCUGAUUUUGCAAACCGAUUGAUCAAUACCACCGAGACCAAGGGCAGCGUUGAUCCUUUGAAACAGCUUGAACUCUUCGCUUUGAAUGUCAUUUUCAAUGCUGGCUUUGGGAGACGCUUUGACAGUGUGGAUGAUCCUGAAUUUAAAUCCUUGGCACAUAUGGUUGAGUACACUAUGAAACUUGCUAGUUUGGACAAUGAUUUGCCCAAUUUUCUGCCUGCUCUCUCUAUCAUAGACUACUUUAUCGGCACUCAAGUCAAGAUGAAGAACUUUAUCAACAAUAAGAGAAACCCUGUUUAUCGUAAACUGAUCAAGGAAGCCUUCAACAAGGAAGGUCCCAAUGUCAUCAAAUCCUUGGGAGAAAAUGGAUUUGUUAUGGACGAUGAGGAAAGGCUUGUUUUCAUGUCUGAUUUGAUUGCUGCUGGUACUGAUACUAUCUCUGUUACCAUGUCAUGGACCUAUGCUAUCUUGUGUCGCUACCCUGAUCUUCAAAAGAGAGUGUCUGCUGAAAUCGACAACUUUAUCAAAACUCACGGUCGCGUUCCUGAUUUCAGUGAAAGAGACGAAAUCCCUCUCUGUAUUUCAGUCAUGAAAGAAAGCAUGAGAUACAGGCCCACAACUCCAUUUGGUGUCUCUCAUACAACUGAUAAAGACAUUAUUGUUGAUGGUUACUUGCUUCCAAAAGAUUGUAUUAUUAUUUCUACUAUGGGUAGUAUGCACACUAACGCUGAGCGUUAUGAAAACCCAUUUGAGUUCAUUCCUGAAAGAUUCAUGGAUAAUCUCAAGACAAUGCAGGCCUCAGCAAAUGGUAGCAUCGAGCAAAGAGACACAUAUAACUUUGGGUGGGGACGACGCAUCUGUCCGGGCAUUUACUUGGCUGAGGUCGAGAUCUUUUAUGCUUUUGUUCAGGUGUUUGCCAGAUGCUUUAUUGAGCCUGUUAUUCCUGGAAACUAUCCUGAUAUUGAUGAUGCAAAGAAUGCUGGCCUUACUGUAUUGCCCAAAGAGUAUCAAGUCAAAUUCACCAAGCGUGCAGAUGCCCUCAUUUAG